GCUUGGCCACCACCAGCCACGUGCCCCCAGCAUGGCCAGACCCUCCCCGGCAUCGCCAGCCCUGCAUAAAAGCGCUGCCCUUGGGGAGCCCUGGCAUCCAGCACUCCUGCCUCGCUCUGCUCAGGACAAGGGCUCAACUGUCUCACACAAAGAUGUCUUGCUACGACCUGUGCCCACCAAAAACCGGCGUGGCCGUCCCCCAGCCCAUCGCUGAGAGCUGCAACGAGCUGUGUGCCCGCCAGUGCCCCGACUCCACAGCCUUCAUCCAGCCUCCGCCCGUGGUUGUCACCUUCCCCGGCCCCAUCCUCAGCUCCUUCCCCCAGCAAGCCGUGGUGGGCUCCUCCGGAGCACCCGCCUUUGGGGGCAACCUGGGGCUGGGGGGCCUCUAUGGGGCCGGGGCCACGCUGGGCUCGGGGGGCCUCUGCACCCCUGCCAGACCCUAUGUUUCUCCCGACUGCAGCCCUUGCGUCUUGCCGCGCUACAGCAAGAAGCUCUGGGACACCUGUGGGCCCUGCUAGACCCAGUUCGAAGACCUCAAAGACCCUGGGACCCCUCAACCUCAUGCCUCAUCUUCUUUCUCCACUCCUUCUCUCAAUGCUGUUUCUCUUUCCUCUUGUUUCUCUUUCCUCUUGUUCUUGCCCAUGUCUAGGAGGCACCAUCAUCCCACAGAGCAUCUGCCCAUCCCUUCUAUGGGCACUGCCUGAGAGAAGCCUGAAGGAUCAGCUUUCUUGAAGCCCACAGGGACAACCUUCAUGCCUCUGCUUGCUAUGUCUUUCCCCAGUGGGUGCUAUCCUGCACUGCAAUAAAACAAUUCUGCAUCCCAA